AUUUUCUUGUUAAAAAUCACGUUAAAAUGGCCGAUAGUUCUGGAAGUGAUGAAGGUAAUAAUAAUUACUGUUACCCAACAAAUAUUCACAUUUUUGAUUUUAAAUACAAACGCGAUGAAAGCUUGGAUAACUUAUAUGCUUGUAUUUCUAAUGAACUUAUCACAUAUUUAUCUGAUAAUAAAAACGAAACAAAACAGUCCAGCUUAUAUAAUAGUGAAAACACGGGAAAUAUCAUAGUUGCUCAUAAAGUUCUUGAAAUAAAAGACAAAGUUAAAUGUUCUGUUUUAAAUAAAAAGUAUGUGUUUGUAUUAAAGUGUAAUGGAAAAUGCAGCCGAAUUCCAUUUUUAAAAAUUAGCGAAGAAAAAAAAUACUUUAAGUAUCCCUUAUGCAGCGAUUCCGAUUUUGAAGCAUCGUCAUCUAAAGAAUCAUCUGAAAAAGUUUUUAAUAUUAAGAAUGAAAAUAUUUCUCAAAAAUAUAUAUUUUCUCUUGACCCUAAUCCAUCUACUAUACACACAGAAGAGUUUGCUGAAGAGGUUUUUCAGCAAAUCCCAACUACUAAUGGUGGAGACUGUAUGUCAUAUAUACAAUCUAAUAGGACAUUUUUACCAUUCAGUGAUAAUAUUCAAACUGCACCAAAUUAUAAUUCACCCAGAUAUAUUCCAUAUAUGCAACGAAAUAUACAUAGAAGUAAUCAAAUCCAGAGUUCAAAUGCAAGGGGAAACAUAAUACAUAUUCCGAACAGUACUAACUCAAUAUUUUAUGAUAGUGAAGAAUCUAGUGAACUUAAUCCUUUUCACAUUAUAAACAGUUGUUCUUCAAACAUGCAAGAAAUUCCAAUAAAUUUGGUUGUGAAUAACACUUUUCCUUUUGAAUUAACAUCUGAACCUUUGAGCAGAAAUAAUAUUGACUCAACAAUAAUACAAGACCAAAAUGAUUUUUUUAGUUCUAACAAUAUGGCUCAAUUGCCACAAAUUGUUUUAGAAGAACCACAAAUUUCAAAUUCUAGUAUGUUAGAUUGCUUGACAUACGAAACAGAUGAAAGUAAUACAGAAAAAGAAAAACCACAAAACUUUGAACUUCAAGGAGACGACUUUAAUGAUAAAAAAAGUCAAAGUAAACUUUUUGACAAACAUUUAGGAAGUGAAGUAAUAUCCUGUCAGAAUUUAAAAGUUCAAUCAAUUUAUGCCAUGGAAAGUGGAUUUAUUUUAUUAGAUUCAGAUGGCGUUGUUUGGUUUUUGAACAAUAAUGAAGAGCUUCCUGUUAAACUUGAAUAUGAAUGGAAUGGGUUAAAUGAUAAGGUUGUUUUAAUAGGUUGCAGUGGCUAUAGAAUGACACUCCUCCUUGCUUCAAAUAAGCUUGUAACUCUACAUGAUUAUUCCUUUCAAUAUGUUAACAAAGGAGCAUGGCCAAGUCUUAUUCGUAUAUUGACACAUGAACCUGUAGCAUUUGACGAGUUGCAAUUAGAAACUAUAAUUGAUAUAAAAUGUUCAUUUUUUCAUACUGUAGUCCACACUCUGUCUGGGAAAGUUUUUUGGUGGGGUUUGGCUCCAUCGAACGAGAGGCAUGAUCAAAAAUGUAUUAAGCAAACAAAAAGUUGUAAAAAAGAUCUUAAAGUUGGAGAUACUGUUAUGCUAGAAAAAUCUGAAAAGGUUGAAAAAGAUGCUUUAGUUUUCAAUCAUAAGUUAAUGAAAUUUGGUGUGGUUGUACCCAACACAUCAAAUGAAGAAGAUAAACUUUAUGAUGUUUCACGAAGGCAUAUUCGAGUUAUUGAUCUAGAAGCUAAACCAGUACUUAAAUGUAAAGAGCAUAUGUACAUUGAUAUCUGGGAUGUAAAAAAUAUUGUUUUUUUAGAAGAGAGUAAUACGUUCACUGGAAAAGUUAUAAGUUUUGAUGGACCUUAUGCUAUUGUGCAAAUGAAGGAGGAAUCUAGCGAUUUAAUUUAUCCGAAUGAAACACUUAAAGUCUGUUUAAAAACAUCGUUAGAAAAGUUAAAUGAUGAUGCAAUUAUUUCUCAAAGUAGAUAUAGAAAAUAUUUAUAUUUUAAACCCAUUCAGAUUUUUUUGGAUAAAAAAUACACUGUUUCUGCGAUUAGUUGUUCAGAAGCAGGAAUUACUUCACUAUUUGUACGAUUAAAUGAUGAUCAUGCUUUUUUAUCAACCCCAAAUUGUGAAAAUACUCAUUCGAAUUGGUUUACUUCAGGGAUUACAGAUGUGUUAAAAAGUAAAAAUGCUAAGAAUUGUACAACAGUUGAGUUUGAAUCUGUUGAUGCAAAUAAUGCCAACCUAUGUAUGAAAAACAUUACCAGUAAAAAGUUGGAGUUUAAAACGAAUCAAGAAGCUUGUAAGUUAGACUUGAGUAUUGAUUACACAGGUGUUCUUCUUGAAGCAAAGACUUAUCAAGAAUUGGAAUCAUUACUAGAAAAUCAAGAAAGUGUGCCUAAAAUUUCACGAUCAUUGUCUAUGCCUGUUACAUCUAUGAAGCGAAAGUUUGUUUCUGAAAAAGCAAAUCAUUUUUAUUCAAAAAAAAUUAUGAAACCUAAUAUAUAUUCUUUAGUUGGUGGAGCGUCUGGCAUAAUUAGUCUACUUUUUGAUAACAAAGGAUGUUUUUAUCCAACGCGGUUUGAUUGUUGUCUUCGCGAACCUCCUUUAUUUGAGAUGGGGCCUAUUAUCUCUUUUGCAUUGUUUGAGGAAAGUUUAUUUGUCAAUGAUGAAAGUUUGGUAACCAUAGUUGUUGUUGUGAAAGAAAAUGUUUUGGUUAAAGCUAUAAAAACUGGUGACAAAAAUGUUGUUUGCAAUCUUCUAAAUGAUGAUGGAUGGAAACGGAAAAAAAUGGAUGAAAAUUUCAUUUCUGUUACUUCAAAAAACAUUAGUUUUAAUGACAUGUUAGAUGAGUAUUGCAGUGGGAAUCAGAAUAUAAUGCACAUUUCUGCAAGUAACAUUUUGAAAACCAAAAGUUCAUCAUCAGUUCCUGGUAAUAUAAUGGAUGUUAGGAGUGAAGAAGAAAACUUUGUGCUUCAAAAAAUUUUAGAAAACAUGGAAUUUUGGGACAAAGUAAAAGAUCUGUUAUGUCAGCGUGAUACUCAUGGUUGUACUCCAUUCUUGAGAGCAAUAGUUUCACAUAAUUUACAUGGAGCCUACAUGAUACUAGAAGCUGUCAAAAAAAAUAAUAAAAAAAAGACAUUUGGUCAAGAUAAUACACUGCUAGAAAAAGCUAUAUUAAUGCCAUCCUCCUCUGGAUUAACACCUGUCCAUUGUUUAGUUCAUAGUUCAUCAAAAAAGCCUUAUUCACAACAAUGGUUUAACACUUUAAAAGUUUCUAACCUUCCCCAAAACUAUUCAUCUAGAUUACUUUUAAAGUUAUUCAAAUCACAUUUUCCAUCAGUAUAUCGUGCAAUGAUGCCUAUUCCUAAACCUUAUUGGACUCAGCAAUCUGUCAGAGAUAAAUUGAAAGAAAGAAAGAGCGUUCAGGAAGAGUUUGUGUCAAAAAAAUUGCCUAGUAGCUCACCACUUAUACGUCCUCCUGUUUUUCGUGCAUCAAUAACUCCAGGAUUGUCUUAUAGAGCUACACGUUACCAUCCCAACCAGGCUGAUGUAAUAAGAGCUAAUGCAAAAGAAGGUUUAGUUAUGUUUGGUGAUUUAAAUGAGAUGUUUCAAGCUCUUGCUGAAAUGAAUAACUAUGCGUUGUUAUCGAAAACAACACAUCCAAGUGGUGCCCUUCUUUCGGUUUGUCAGCAUAUGUUACAAGUUCAACAAUAUCAGGAAAAUGCACAAUCUGAUAAAGAUGAGCAGAUUCCAAUAUCAGCAGCAGGUUCAUCAAGUCCUCGUCCAUUAUUAGAACUGAGAAGAAAACUUACCGCUAUGCAUAAUAUGAACACACAAAAAUUGAUAAAUGAGCCCAACCAUCGAGAGGAGACAAUAAGCAAAUGUUUUGAUGAUAUAAUGGUUCAUUUACUUCUCACAUCACUCAUUGAUGCUGAUCCUAUGAUUGCUUUAAAGUCAAACAAAGAGGGAGAGUCUGCGUUUAGUUAUUUUAUAAAAACAUACCCGCGCUAUUCUCCUUCUCAUCUACAUAAACUUUUUCUUAAUUGGAGGCCUUGCAACUCUCAAAGCUGUAAAUACAUGCGGCAUGUUGGUAAACUUACAAUUACUCCACAAACGUUUUCUGAUUCAAAUACAAUAAAAAAGACCGAAGAAAAUUUGUGUAAAAAGGAUUCAGAGGAUGAGCAACAAAUAUUUAAUCCUAUCUUAGCAAGACGAGGUCUGCAAUCUCGAACUUCAUCUUUAAAAAUUAAUGUUGAUAGCAGUUCAUCUAGUAACGAUACGUUUCUAUGUAGCCCAUCUACUCCAGGUAUAAAACUGUUAGAAAAUUUAAAAUAUGGUCCUAUAGAACUUGCAGCUACUACAGGUCUUACACCACAAUCUUCUAGAAAAUCUGCUGCCAGUAACCCUUUUUUUUCAUCUUCUGGUUCUGAAACUAAUUCUAAUUUUUCGCAACCCAAAAAAACAGAUGGUUUAUGCACAUGCCACUUAAACAAAGCCCGUUUAUUAUGGAACACUACAUUUGAAGCAUCACAUUUUUUAUUAUCUAAAAACUGGCCAUCUAUUGUUUCAACAAUACUGUGGAAUUGGAACUACGAUCAUCAAGAUAUAGUGUCCUCUAAUAAACUGGAUACAUUUACUUCUAAUCUUUUGAUAAUUCCUUAUAGUAUAUUGCUUGAGGUUUUAGUAAAGACAUUAAUUGAAGAAUUUUCUUCAAGUCCUAUUAGUAAAAAUGUACCAUUGCUAUUGUCAUUACAGUCUAUGAAUCCAACUGAUAAUUUUUCUGAAAAAGCUUUUAAUGCAUUAGUACCAUGGCUUACUGUUCAACGAUUUGUAAGAUCCAUAGUACGACAAUUAUCUCUUUAUCUAAGCAAAAAUACUAUGUCUGAAACAAACCUGAAGUAUAAAAUAGGUCGCUAUGCAAACAAAAAUCACUUCAAGAAAGAAACAAGAAUGAAAGACAAUCUUUGCUUGUGUUUAAGGGCUUUUUCCUGGAUAUCAAUUAAUGAAAUUUUAAAAGCUGCUAUUUCAAUGUUGAAACCUAUUCAAAAUGGCACUGUUAAAGCGCAAGCAAAAGGGAUUAUUCAUGAUCAACAUCAACUAUCAGGGCGAACUACUCUAGGAAAUACAAACCUACAAAUGCAUGUUUCUUCUCGAAUGUCAUUAAGCAGUCGACCAGUUGUUAUUCGAUGUGCUACCAGGAAUACAGGAGUUAAUAAUUGUUUUGUACCUCCACCUACCAAUAUGUUACCUUAUAAUGAUAGCGAAAUGCUUUCAUCUUCUCCUAUCUUAGAGGAAGAUAAUUCUAGCAGUGAGGAAAAUGUAGAUGAUCCAUUUCCACCAUUGAACUCAAAUAAUAACCUGGAAUUAAAUGAGGUAGAGUGGCUUCAAGCUCCGGGAACUAGUGGUCCUAAUUCAAUUAACUGGGCUGUAGAUGGUCAUAUCCGUGUAAGGAAUGAAGUUUCAAGAGUGAUACCUCCUCCACCAGGAUUGUGGAGUUUUGGGCAGCAUAAUCAAUUGGCUCAGCAGGUCAUGAAUCUACCCUCUAUACAUGCUGGUUACCUCUAUCUUGCACGGAUGUUCUGCAGAUUAGUUAAAGAAGCUACUGAUAUUGCCGUUUUUUUAAAUGCAGAAAAUUUAGAGAAUACUGGAGUUUUUGUACUGCAACCAAUUAAGUUAACAAAUGAAGUUGAAUUAGAACUCAUGAAAGAAGCAAAAAAAAUUUUAUCUGGUAGCUGGAUAUGGAUGAAUAAUAUUUUGAAUUCUCUUGAGAAACAGUUAGAAGUUGGUCAAAAUUUUGAUACAAAGCAUUACGUUUUGCGCUUACGCAAAAAUACUCAUGAAGAAGAAAUAACUAAUCUUGGUCGACCAUCCAUGACACAUAUGUAUGGUUCAAGUCCAGAAGAAUACAUGAUACAUCUUCUUAAGCAUGACUCAGGGGAAGCUAAAGACUCUCUUCCUGUCUUAGAUUUGUUCAGUUAUGAGCAUAUUACAUACAUUUUGGAUGCUUAUCUUUAUACCAAAAAGAUGAAGUUAUUUGACUGUAAUAAAAAAUAUCCUCCAACAUGUCAAUCAAAUGUCCAAUCUGAUGCAAAUUUUUAUGGAAAAGUUUUUAAUUUGUUGAAAGAAAACGAUUUAAAUAAGUUUAGACAACACAUUGAUUGGACGAAACAUAUUGCUAACAACCCAUCUGUAUGGUUGGAUAAAAGUGGAAAUCACUUAACAAGCAGCCAAUCGAAUUCAUUUACAGAUGAUUCUUCAGAGUGGAAACGUGUUAUAGAUGCAUUUACAAUCCUUUUUUUGACUGAAGGACCUGGCUAUGAACGAGAAAGUUUUCUUUCUGCUAAGGCUGGUGCAGCUGGUCGAAUUUCUCGAUUUCAGAGAUCAUUAGCAGCUGUCCGAGGCAACAGUAAUGGUGGUGGUGACCAGGUCCAUAUAUCUAAUAAUCAAGAAAAUCCAUCUUUAUUAAUGAAUAUUGACCGUAUGAGACUGCUUGAUGAUUGUAUGGAAAUUCUAAUGCAGAAUAUGGAUACCCAUCCCUUCGGAAGUAUACGUGUUCGUUUUGAAGGCGAGGAGGGUACAGGACCAGGUGUUUCUCGUGGUUUAUUUCCAGCUUUAGCAAAUGCACUUAAAGAAGGGCAAAAAUACAAAGACUGGCCUAUACCGUUUUUUGCUGAGUAUGGGAAUCUUCCUGCACAGCGGGGUAUUUAUUCACCAGUAAGUGGUCGCUACAAGUGCUCAGAUACGUCUCUGCCAUACUUUUGCGAACCAAUGACUGAGGAAAAACGAUACAAUGCAUUUUUGGCGCUUGGCCGUUUCCUUGGAUUGACAAUGUGGUUUAAUCAAACAAUACCUUUUAUUUUAUCGAGACCUGUUCUUCUGUUUCUGCUAAACAGGGAAGAAGAAAUUAAAUUUGAUGACCUUGCUUUUUUUGACUCCCUUCUGUAUGACAGUUUUUCACACAUGAUUAAUGAUGCAUUUUCCUCUAGUUGUUCUGAGGAGGAGUUUGAAGCUUGUUACUGUUGUUAUUUUCAGAUAUCUAUUGAUGGUCACCUUGAAGAUUUAAUCAAAGAUGGAAAUAAUUAUCCUGUUAGAAAGGCAAAUACACUAAAUUAUAUAAGACUUUAUACUAAACAUUUAUUGAUAUCAUCAAGAGAAAAUGAACUUCUAGGACUACGUGAAGGAUUACAACAAAUGGUACCAAAAGAUCUGCUUGAAACUCUUGAACCUGAGGAUCUUCAAUUAAUUCUUUCAGGAGGGCCUGAUGACGUCAGCUAUAUAAGGUUGCGUUCACUUAUUACUUUUAGUAACAAUAGAGCUUUUUCAAAAGAGCUUUUAGAAAGAUAUAAGAGGUGGUUUUGGAGUAUAGUAAUUAAAAUGACACCGUUAGAACGUCAAAAACUACUUUAUUUUGCGACAGGAUCUGCAAUGCUUCCUGCUUUAAAUAAUCGAGUUGGAAGUAAUGAAGAAUUAGCGAUAUCCAUUGACAUUAUUGAUACUUUAAACAGUUCUGCAUUACCGAUGUCAAGUACGUGCGGUCAGCGUAUUAGUACUCCUUUAUAUCCUUCUAAAUCUAUAUUAAAACAAAAACUACUUCAGGCUAUUGAAUGUGAAAGUUACGGCUUGGGUUAAAGUUCGAUUACCGCAAAUAAAAGUUGCGAUUGUGACAUAUUCCGAAUUAAAUUAACGUUUGCACUGGACGUCAUAAUAAAGAUAACGUUUGCAAUAAGCAUCCAAAAAAUGUUUUAUUGGAUGAAUUUUUAUUGCUUUCUUUUCUUUUUUUAAAAACACUAACAAAGAAGUUUGCAACCUGUUUAUUUAAAAAGUAGAGAAAAAUCGUACAAGGCUAAACAUUAUUACAAUAUUUAAACAAAACUUGCACAUAUAUGCAAUACUAUUGCAUGCUAGUAUGCAUAAAAGUAAUAUGUAUAGAAUAUUAUUUGUUUAAAACAACUGUAAAUUGUUUUACAAUAUAGUUAAAUUUUUUAAGUAAACUUGAUUUUGAUGGAUGAACAUUUUAUUCUUCAAUAA